AUGUUACUCAUUGGUAUUGUUUUAUUGAGAUCUGUGCUAGCGCAUAACAUGACCUGCGAGGAAAUAGUAGCGUCCGGUAAGAAACUAUCCUUGAAAGAAUUGCAAUCAACAGAUAUAUCUCAAAUUUUAAAUUGUUUGUCGCAUCUCGGUAGUGAGGAGAUGCCCAGAGACGAAGCUGAUUUUAUCUGGCAAUCUAUUGUAAAGAAUUUUCGCGGUGUUUCUAAUGUUCCUGAAGAGGUGCUUAUGGUCCUUCACUGGGUGACCCCAGCGAUAACUGCUGCUGAAUACGCUAAUUUGACACUUAGCAACAUUGAAGUCAUAGAAAACUUCGGGCUUGAUUACAAUCUUAGUAACGAACAAUUAGCAGCUAUAGCGGAGCGAGUUCGAGAGGACUUUGCUGAUAAAGAACCGGAAGAUUAUACGUUUUAUGAUUUAACUGCUCUGAGGAAUAUACUAUGUGCUUUUAAUAGAACUGAAAUUGAGAGGAUCCAUCCAUUAGCCUACAAGGAAGCAUCACAAAAUAUUGGAAAACUGAAGUGUAAACCGGAUGUUAUGAAAGCAUUUGCAACAUUAGCGAUACAAAAAGAUGCGUUUGGUCCACCAGACAAAUGGGACGAUGUCAUAGUUCGAGUAGUUGGAGAAGUUGCUAAAUAUUUACCAAAGAAUAUUGUGGAUAAACUUUUUUAUUCGCCAGUAAAAAAUUAG